CUCGACCACAGACAUAUUAUGAACAUCAAUAUCAGCCAUACACACCAACAAGGUAUUAGGAGGGAUAACGAGUUCCAAGCUUUCAUUUGAUUGGACGAUGCUGUAAUAAUCCACCAGAAAACAUGGUGGCAGUAACAACGUCGGAGGCACUAUUCCCUAGAUUCAGGGUCGGAGAAUGCCUGUCCAAAUCCCAACUAUUACCCCUCUUCUCAUCGUGUAUUCCAAAGCAGCAGCAGCAGCAGCAGCAGCAGAAGGGGGUGUUCGUUUGCAGAGCCGAAGCAUCGGCGGCGGCGGCGGUGGAGCAGAGUGGAGGAGGGAAGAUGGUGGUGGAGCUCGUGGGGGCGUUCAAUCAAUUGACACAGGAGAUCAACGUGUUAUCAAGCAGCUCAUCUCGUUUGCUCUUCAAGUCUCUGAAGCUGUCGAUUCCAAUGUUGCAGGCCUUGCCUCAUGCCCCUGAUGGCCGCCCUUGCCUCUCUAAGGCUUUGUCUCUCGCUCUACUUCUUGCCCAUCUCCAGAUGGAUGCAGAAGUUAUUUCAGCUGGUUUAUUGAUCCAAGUUGUGGAGGCAGGUGCCAUUUCCAUCCAUCAAGUUCGAGAUCGAAUCGGUAUCGCCACUGCUCAUCUUUUGCACGAGAGCUUGCGCUUGAAGAACAUCCCUUCCAAAGUCGAUGUUCUGGACGAUGAUAGCUCGGCCGCCCUUCGGAAAUUCUGUCUGACUUACUACGACAUCAGGGCUCUCAUUUUGGACCUUGCUCUCAAGCUCGACAUGAUGAGGCAUCUGGAUUACCUCCCAAGGUAUCAACAGCAAAUGCUUUCUCUCGAGGUUUUGAAGAUAUAUUCCCCCUUAGCUCACGCUGUAGGAACCAACUAUUUGUCACUCGAGCUCGAGGAUCUCUCCUUUCAGUAUCUCUUUCCGUAUUCUUACCUAUACGUCGAUACGUGGCUACGAAGCCAUGAGACUGGAAAUAAUUCUCUGAUUGACAUAUACAAGGAACAGCUGCGCCAAGCUUUAAAAGCUGAUCCUAUCUUAGCUGACAUGGUCGAUGGCAUCUCUGUUAAAGGCCGCUACAAAAGCCGGUACAGCACAAUGAAGAAGCUCUUGAGAGAUGGGCGUAAGCCAGAAGAGGUUAACGAUGUUCUGGGAUUACGAGUCAUAUUGAGCCCGAGGUCCGGCAUAGAUACGACAGAAGUAGGGGAAAGAGCAUGCUACAGGGCACAUGAAAUUGUUCAAUCACUAUGGAAAGAAGUACCUCAUAGAACAAAAGACUAUAUUGCAAGGCCGAAAGCAAAUGGGUAUAAGAGCUUGCAUAUGGCAGUCGAUGUGAGUGAUGAUGGCACGACUAGACCGCUUAUGGAGAUACAAAUACGCACUACUGAAAUGGACAGUUUGGCCACCGGUGGAACUGCAGCUCAUUCGUUGUACAAAGGUGGCUUAACUGACCCAGAAGAGGCAAAGAGACUUAAGGCCAUAAUGAUUGCAGCAGCCGAACUUGCAGCGCUGCGGCUUAAAGAUUUUCCGUCCACAAUUCAUAAAGGCCUCGAGUUUGGUCAAAAAGGUGAAGUAUUCUGCCUUCUUGACAAGAAUGGUGAUGGUAAGAUUAGCAUCGAGGAACUGAUGGAAGUUAUGGAAGAGCUCGGUGCAUCAGGGGAAGAUGCCCGAGAGAUGAUGCAGCUUCUUGAUUCAAACAGUGAUGGUUCUUUAAGUACUGACGAGUUUGAUUUGUUCCAGAAACAGGUUGAAUUUAUGCGUAAUUUCGAGGACAAAGAUGUCAAAUGCAAGAUGAUGCAACAAAAGCUCCGACUAGCCGACAACAAUGGCUUGAUUCAGGUGUAUAGCAAAGAAUUUGGUGACAGGCUUGCAAAUUAGAUUGGUUGUUGAGAGGUAAGCUGUAAUCAUUUACUGCUAAUUCUAUGCCAUGUAAAAUCAUACGAUUGUAUGUGUA